AUGGCUACCGAUCCACGGCCUCGGCGCCGCGAGGACUUUCGCAUCGCCGUGCUAUGUGCGCUACAGCUCGAAUACAAUGCUGCUACGUUGGCUUUCGACGAGUUCUUUGAUGAGGAGGGCGACAAGUUCGGGAGAGCGCGAGGAGACCCCAAUACAUACACCACCGGCCGCAUCGGAAAGUACAACGUCGUCAUGGCUUUGCUUCCCAGCAUGGGAACAACUACUUCAGCAGCCGCCAUGGCCAGCUUUCGUUCAAGCUACACGGAGCUCAAGCUUGCCAUCUUGGUUGGCAUUUGCGGCGGCGUGCCUAGCCCGGGAACCGAGAGGGAGAUUCUGCUCGGGGAUGUCAUCAUCAGCAAGACGGUGGUUCAGUACGACUUUGGCCGGCAGCUCCCUCACCAGUUCAAACCCAAAGACACUCUCGAUGAUAACCUCGGCCGACCCAAAAAAGACAUCCGCUCGCUUCUGAGCAAGCUCGAGACGGAACGGGCAUCCGAUUUCCUCCAGCGCCGCACAAACGAGAUCCUUACCCAAAUCCAACAGGCAGCUGCACAGGCUGGCCGUAAACGGACUCGAUACCCUUACCCUGGAGCAGCUCAAGACAGACUCUUCAGUCCGGACUAUCUGCACAGACAUCACGAUGACGCAGAUUGCGGUUGCGACGAUACCUGGGUUUGCGACAUGGCCCCGGAUGCAUCAUGCAUCGAACUCGAAUGCGAUGUUGCCCAACUGGUGCCUAGGGAGCGGCUCGAGGUGAAGAAGCAGCACGACCGCGAAGGCGACGCCGCAAAAGCCCAGGAACCAGACAUAUUCAUCGGCCGUGUCGGAUCAGGCAACACCGUCAUGAAGUCUGGCGCACACCGCGACAGCAUCGCCCAGAAACACGACCUCAUCGCCUUCGAGAUGGAGGCCGCCGGGGCCUGGGACGAGGUCCCCUGCGUCGUCGUCAAGGGGGUUUGUGACUACGCCGACAGCCACAAGAACAAGAAGUGGCAGACGUUUGCGGCUGCGACGGCGGCCUCCACGAUGAAGGCCCUUCUCGAGCAGUACAUCCAAACCGAUUCGCCAGAGGGUCCUAGAACAGAGUUCACAACCCAGCGCAACAAUGAGAUUCUGCUCUGGAUCUCCAAAGAGCCCUACGAACAGCACCACACACAGACCAAUAGUGAGGUGUUGGAGGGCACAGGAAAAUGGCUUCUCGAGGAUGAAGUCUUCCAGAAAUGGAGGAACGAAAACGUCUCAUCCAUUUUGUGGCUGCACGGCAUCCCAGGCUCUGGCAAGAGCAAGCUGACGUAG